AUGACGUCAGAGGCUCUAAGUCGCAAGGAACAACCUUUCUUGUACCUCCCAGAGUGCCUGGGAGCUGAGGGCAGGCUGGCACACAAGCUGUUCCGAGACCUCUUCACCAACUACACAAGUGCCCUGAGACCUGUGGCGGACACAGACCAGGCUCUGAAUGUGACCCUGGAGGUGACACUGUCCCAGAUCAUCGAUAUGGAUGAGCGGAACCAGGUGCUCACCCUGUACCUGUGGAUCCGCCAGGAGUGGACAGAUGCCUACCUGCGGUGGGACCCCAGUGCCUAUGGCGGCCUGGAUGCCAUCCGCAUCCCCAGCAGUCUCGUGUGGCGGCCAGACAUUGUGCUCUAUAAUAAGGCCGACGCGCAGCCGCCCGCCGCGGCCAGCACCAACGUGGUGCUGCGGCACGACGGCGCCGUGCGCUGGGACGCGCCCGCCAUCACGCGCAGCUCGUGCCGCGUGGACGUGGCGGCCUUCCCGUUCGACGCGCAGCGCUGCGGCCUGACGUUCGGCUCGUGGACACACGGCGGCCACCAGCUGGACGUGCGUCCCCGCGGCGCGGCCGCCAGCCUGGCCGACUUCGUGGAGAACGUGGAGUGGCGCGUGCUGGGCAUGCCGGCGCGGCGGCGCGUGCUCACCUACGGCUGCUGCUCCGAGCCCUACCCCGACGUGACCUUCACGCUGCUGCUGCGCCGCCGCGCCGCCGCCUACGUGUGCAACCUGCUGCUGCCCUGCGUGCUCAUCUCGCUGCUCGCGCCGCUCGCCUUCCACCUGCCCGCCGACUCGGGCGAGAAGGUGUCGCUGGGCGUCACCGUGCUGCUGGCGCUCACCGUCUUCCAGCUGAUCCUGGCGGAGAGCAUGCCGCCCGCGGAGAGCGUGCCGCUCAUCGGGAAGUACUACAUGGCCACCAUGACCAUGGUCACCUUCUCCACGGCACUCACCAUACUCAUCAUGAACCUGCAUUAUUGUGGUCCUAGUGCCCGUCCAGUGCCAGCCUGGGCUCGGGUCCUCCUGCUGGGACACCUGGCCAGGGGCCUGUGCGUGCGGGAGCGGGGGGAGCCCUGUGGGCAGGCUAGGCCACCUGAGUCACCCCCCAGCCCCCAGCCUUCUGAGGGAGGGGCUGGCCCCCCAGCAGGCCCUUGCCUGGAGCCCAGGUGUCUGUGUCACCAUGAAGCGCUGCUGCGCCACGUGGCCACUAUUGCCAACACCUUCCGCAGCCACCGGGCUGCCCAGCGCCGCCACGAGGACUGGAAACGCCUGGCCCGGGUGAUGGACCGCUUCUUCCUGGGCAUCUUCUUCUCCAUGGCCCUGGUCAUGAGCCUGCUGGUGCUGGUUCAGGCCCUGUGA